ACUUUUCAUUCCAUGAAGAAGACAACCGUUCGGUUCGCUGACUUAAACUAAAACAGGCUUUCUCAAGUAAAAUGUCAGACAGCGAAUUCCUAAAGAAAAUGUUGAGGGCUGUCCUCCAGUCUAGCAAGACUGGUGUGCCUGUCAAUAAACUCCAGUCAGAGUAUCGCUCACUGUGUGGAGAGUUCAUCCCGCUGAGAAAGCUGGGCUUCUCAAAGCUGGAGGACUACUUACAAAGCAUUCCCUCUGUGGUGAAGCUGGAGAACCGCAUGGGAGAGCUUAGAUGCUUUGCUGCUGUGUGUGAAGAAACGGCUCACAUUGCUGAGCUGGUCGCCAGACAGAGGAGCUCAAAGAAAUCCGGGCACUCCCAGGUUGUCAACUGCAAGAUGAGAUACAAACCCUUCAACCCCUACAUGCUUAAUGUGAACCCAAGGUUGUCUCUCCGCCAGCCGUCUGCUGGAAAAUAUUCUAACUGGACAGCAAACCGUUUUGGGCCCCAUGGUGGAUACAGAGGCUGCAGUGCCUCAGGAGAUUAUAGACAGCUGGACCAAAGGUUGAGAUCGAACCCCCCUGCCCUUCUACCAUCUCUGCCUCCAGCUGCAAAGGAGAAUGUCGUACCUAGGAGAGAACAAUCUUCUGUAAACCCUAUAAACAAGAAUCCCAGAGCAGGUCCCCUGAAACAAGUCUCGGUACCUAACAAACCCCAGCUUGAUCUGGGUCGGUAUGAUGGGGAACUAGAGCAGAGCAGAAUGAAGCAGCUUCUGAAGAGAUUCCCUAAUGGUGUGUGGAUGUCCAAACUGUCGGAUAAGUACAGUGAAAUGUUCAUUCAGAAGCUCCAUCCUCAGACACUCAUCGAGCUGGAAAAGUGGCCACAUAUCUGUUCGGUGGAGAAAACUGUCACUAACCGUGGUGACCGACUCAUCUACCCUCCUCUGCCUUCCAAGCCCACUACCAGCCCUGUCAACACCACCAGCUCCUCUCCAGUAUCGCACUUGGAUUCAACACUUAUUUCUUCUCAUCCCUCAACAUCUAAUCAACUUUCUCAAAUGCCUUCUCCUUCCACUAAAUCUGGAGAUUCCCCCAAAAGUCCCUUGGCUAAGCCAACCUUUAUUUUCCCUUCAGCAUCUGCUGCUGCUCCUUCAGGCAUAGUGCUGCCGUCAGUGACGUUACGCAGCCCAGCCAUAAACCCGGCUCUGGCUCCCCGUGUUCCCCAGUGUUUUGAUCACACUAUCUCUGCAAACGGUGACUGUAAAAGUCACAUUUUGCCCAAAGUUACUCACAACCGAAACAUGCCCCUCUUAGCCCCUACCUUCGCUGCCCUUGCAUCAACCAAAACAUCCCUUGCCUCUUCUUUACUCCAGCCCGACCAAGAUGUUUUACCUCUCUUAAAAGCCACGUUCUCUUCCCCUUCCGGUUCUGCUCCUAGUUCUCCCUCGAAACCUUGUCCUGUUGUAUUGUCCGAUGAGGUGCGUCAGAAAAUAAAGGAGCUCCUUUCCAAGUGCAGUCAAGGUCUGUGGGCCGAUGCACUGCCCAGAUGUUUUAUGGACGUGUACAAGAUGCCCUUCCCUGAAGAGAUUCUGGAUAACUUGACUUUUUUGUGUGAUGUAUGCACUGUGGAGUACCCUUUGCCACAUAACAAGAAGAAGGCCAUAUUGUAUAACUCGUGCCAAUUUGACACGAACCUGACUAACAGCCAAGAGACCGGAAGCAACCCACUUCCUUCUGGUUUGGAGGUACUGGGUCGUGUGGUUCCUCCACCUCUGACCCGUCCCCCCGAACAGUGUCCUUCAGUGUUGGUAACCGAGGCCAAGAGCAGCAAUGCUCUCACCAUUCGGUAUGUUGGUGACAACUACUCAAAUGCACAGGAAGCCAUGGAGGAUGUCAUGCAGACCUUCUACAGCCAAAACUCCACAAACAUUCCUGUGUCUAACCCAGUGGUUGGUCAACUGGUAGCAGUCAGAGGAGAAGAUGGAGAUGAGGUAGCCAGAGCGCAGGUGAUGGAGGUCAUGAACUCCAACAAGGUCAAGGUGUUCUAUUUGGACUACGGCUUCUCUGUAGAGACCAGUGGGAAAAGUCUCCUGGAGCUGCAUCAGGACUUUCUCUCUCUGCCCUUCCAAGCUACUAAUGUCAGGCUUGCAGAGCUGGAAGCAUUCAGCUCCGAUCCACAGAUACUGUCCACCUUGGAUAAAUUGGCAGUUGGAAAGAUCCUGCGCAUGGAAACAUUGAAGCCAUGUCAGCAGAAUGAAAUACCCACAGCAGUACUUUAUGAUACCUCUCAAGAUGAUGAUGUGAACAUCAACUCCAUGUGCCUGAAGGCUCUGCAGGACAAUACAAUGAAUAACCAUCUGCCUGAAAAUGUCGUUCUUCGGGAUGUGUUUGUGUCGAGCGUGUGUGCAGAUGGGAGCAUCUUCUGCCAGCUGCCUUCCCGAGGAAUAGCCAGACUGAGGAAGUUACUGGAGAACAUGGAAGCAUUUUUCACGUCACAGAUCACAUCAGAGUUCCUGGUUUCCAGACCCUUCAGUGGCAUGUUAUGUUUAGCCCGUUACAAAGAGAAAUGGGCCAGAGCGGAGAUUACAUACAUGCAUGACAGCCGAGUGAUGGAGAUUAUUUUCAUCGACUUGGGGGUCGCAGCAACUGUUACAUUCACCGAUGUUCGAAAGAUUCCUCGACAUUUUUUGAAGGAUUUCAUCAUCAUUCCGCCACAGGGUAUUAAAUGUCGACUGGCUGACCUCACCGUUCCAGAAGAAGGCUGGAGCCAGGAAGCGUUUUUGUUCCUAAAGAAAACUGUUCUUGGAGCAGAAGAGCUCAAAAUGAAGAUUUCGAAAUUAGAAGAGUGCAAAGGAGACAAGGUGGUCUUUAUGUACCUCUUCGAUGGUGACAGUCAGGAAUUGCACGAAAGCAUCAACCAUCAGCUUGCUCAGUCAGAGCUGUGGCAAAAGGUGUUAUCACAGAACAACAACCCAAUCACCUGCACUGACAGCAACAUUGUGGUUACAGAUCUCAGUGCUCUUGUUGAGAGGUGGACGCUGAGCAACCAGGUCCUAAAUCCCCUCAAGACCUCGUCUGUGCCACGUGGUGAAGGAGAAGAUCUAGCUAUAAAAACUGGAAUGCAGCCACUUCCAUUACCCCCUCCACUGGAUCUUCCCCAGUCUGGUCAGAACAUGGAUGUCUUUGUACCUGUGGCUUGCCACCCAGGUUACUUUGUGGUACAGCCUUGGCAGGACCUCCAUAAGCUGGUGGUGUUGAUGGGAGAAAUGGUCCUUUUCUAUAACCAGAGCGGAAAUACAAGCACAGCAACACACAUCCAGAAAGGACAUGUCUACGCUGCCAAAUUCGACAAGAAUUGGUACCGUGUGCAGGUGAAAGGCAUUCUGGCCAACGGGUUGGUUUCAGUCUAUGCCUUGGACUACGGUAAACACGAGCUGGUCCCUCGCACCCUAAUCCAGCCUCUAAUAGAGGAAUUCGGACAGCUGCCCUUCCAGGCUAUUGCUGCACAACUAGCAGGUGUGACACAACGUCAGUGGUCAGAGGAGGCCUCUGUGUUGUUCAGGAAUCACGUGGAGAGACGAGCACUGGUAGCACAGGUGGAGAGUGUGCAGGAGGUGUCUGGGGUUAAAGGUGAGCUGUCGGAACGCAGGUUGACGGUUUACCUUGUGGACACUUCAUCGGAAGAGAAGGACGUUUGGAUUCACAGCAUGAUGGCUGACAUUGGCGAUGAGCAGUCUUGUGCUGCGUAGGAGGUGUCCACACAGACAGUGUUAUAUUAACCAGACUCUUGGACAGUUAUACACACAAACUAAUUUUGUUUUAAUUUGUUUGAAAGUACAAUGCAUGGAAGGACUUUGUUAACUUUGAAAGGAGAAAUGUACUAAAAGUGUGUUGUGGUUUGUAAAAAUGUUUAGCUGAGGAUUUACUUUUUCAUUAUUUAAGGAAUAAUUACGAUUGAUCAGCUAUAUUGUUCUACAGCCCAUCAAGUUUUACUAUGGUCAGUCCCUUUAAAUCAAACCCUAUGCUCAGUACUAUUCAAAUAUGUCAGGUUUAUGUUGUAUAUUUUCGGUUUGCCGUGACUUAUGCAUGCAAUUCUCUGUGCCUUUGAAGAUAUGUUUGGUUUUAGUCAAACUACUUUAAUAUACUGCAUAUUUGUACAUAGUUAUUUCUCAUGGUGCUUGUUGAUUUUUGUCAAUUGUGAGUUGGAAUUCUGUUUCUCCUAGGAGUAAUUACGGUUUCUGUAAAAACAGCGUUAAGCCAUUUUCAAUAAAGUGUUUUGGGAAUGCA